AUGGACUUAUAUCACUAUCUCUUUAAAUUCAUUAUUGUUGGAGAUACAAGUAAUUCUGAUGAUUUUUAAAUAAAUUAAGGUGUGGGUAAGAGUUGCCUUCUACUCAAGUACACUGAAGGCAAAUUUAAGGAAGAACAUGAUGCUACUAUUGGUGUAGAAUUUGGAUCUUAGGGAUUCAAGUACAAGAAUAAGCAAUUUAAAAUAUAAAUUUGGGAUACAGUACUAUAUUGAGUUUAAAGAUAGGCUGGGCAAGAAUCGUUUAGGUCAAUUACUCGAUCCUAUUACAAGGGGUUAGUUAUAAUAUAUAUAUACUUAAUUGUAGAUCGAUAGGGGUUUUGCUGGUUUUCGACAUUACAAAUCGAUAGUCAUUCCAUAACAUUGUCAGGUGGUACAAUGAGAUAUUGGAUUGCGCUCACGAAUACGUGGAUAUAGUUAUCGUUGGCAACAAAAUCGAUCUGGAGAACGAGUAAAUCAAUUAUGUAAAUAGACGCUAAGUUUCUGCAGACGAAGGGAAACUAUUUGCAGAAUAAUACAGAAUACACUACAUUGAGACAUCAGCCAAAACUGGAUAGUAUGUUGACUCCGUGUUUUAAUAAAUGGCAAUGCGAAUCUAUGAAAAGAUAGAAAACAAAUUAGUAGACUAGAACAAUGAAAAUUUAGGUAUUAAAUUAGGCACAUUUUACAGAAAUGAUGAACAAGAGGAUAAAGAAUUGUAAACAAGUUUAGGAUAAAAGAAGAAGAAAAAAAAUGAUGAUUGUUGUUGA